AACCCGCCUGGUUGGGCGCACAGCAUGCGUAUCUCAGUCACACACUACCAUGUAGCAUUCCUGUUUUAUCGCCGCCAGCCUAAAGAAUCGGUACGGACGCAUUGUUUUUGGGGGAGCGGAGGAGGUGGAGCCACGGCUUUCAAGCAGCCCCCUCCGGCAACGCGAGAAGGCGCCGGUGUAGUCCCGAAGAAAUGCAGGGAGACAGGGUUGGGCGGCGUGAAAGCGCUUGCGGAGAACAGCCACGGGUUUCUGCACCUCUCGGAAUUACAGAAAACACUUUGCUUUGGAAUAAUAAACAAAAGCGGGAGAGUGACAUUUUCUGAACUCCAUCCUAAUACAUUCUAUUAUUAGACCAAGGAUCGGGGCAGAUCUUAAGGUGUUCUAGAGUAAAUAAGCUAUGCCGGCGUGGAAGGCUGGAUUUAUGACACAUUUCGUUUUCAACGCUUGUCGGCCGGCGGGGUUUGUACUAUGUAAGCCGUGUCUGCUGACGCCCUCCGUGCGGGAAUCCGUUCGUGGGAUGGCCAUAAAGACCGUGGCCUGAGUCCGAGGUCAUUUAGGAUGGACAUUGACGCCCGUUUCCGGUACUACUUCCAGCAUCCGUGGGCUCGGCUGUCCGUGGCCAGCCUGGUGACCUUCUUCAACUUCCUCGUCUUCGCUGAGGACCCUGUCUCCCACAGCCAUACGCAAGCACGCAUGACCAUGGUGGGCAACUGCUUCUCGUUCAUUGUGAACAAGUACCCAGGCGGAGGCUGGAAUAUUGUUAAAGUGCUUCUGUGGCUGGUGGCCAUCGUCGUCGGCCUGUUUGUUGGGAAGUUCUUCUUCCACAAACGCAUCUUCGGUCAAUAUCUGCGCCUGAAAAUGUUCCGAGAGGAUCACGGCUCGUGGAUGACUAUGUUUUUCAGCACCAUCCUCUUCCUCUUCAUCUUCUCACACGUGUACAAUCUGCUCCUCUUCAUGGCCGGAGAUAUGGGCCCAUACAUGGUGACGGACCACAUGGGCAUCCGGAAUGAACUCUUCAUGAAAAUGGCAGCAGUAGGAACGUGGAUGGGAGAUUUCGUGACCGCCUGGAUGGUGAAUGACAUGAUGCUGCAAGAUAAACACUACCCAGACUGGGCCAAGAGAGCCAGAAGAUUUUGGAAGCAAGGGCACAAUCGCAUCGUCCUCUUUUGGGCCGUCCUCGUCUCCCUGACAUCUGUGGUGGUGCUUGUCAUCAGCACUGACUGGAUAAGCUGGGACAACCUGAACCGAGGUUUUCUGCCUAGCGAUGAGGUCUCCCGAGCCUUCCUCGCCUCUUUCAUCCUGGUUUUUGACCUCCUCAUUGUCAUGCAGGACUGGGCAUUUCCGCAUUUUAUGGGGGACCUGGACAUUAACUUGCCCGGUUUGCCCACCAAUCACGUGAAAGUGAGGCUUCCGGUCUGCAAGCGGAUCUUCAAGGAGGAAUACCACAUUCACAUCACAGGUAAAUGGUUCAACUAUGGGAUCAUUUUCAUGGUUUUGAUUCUGGAUUUGAACAUGUGGAAGAACCAGAUCUUCUACGAGCCCUAUGAAUAUGGGCAGUAUGUUGGACCGGGGGAGAAGAUCUACACAGUGGAGGUUCCUGAAACCCUGGUCAAUUUCAACAGGAGCACGUUGACCUGGGAGUGGCGCUCCUCUAACAUAGAUCCUGAGACCAACCUCACCUACGUCCUGCAGGACAUGUUCCUGCACAGCCGCUACAUCGGCACCAGCAUCGACAUCAAAUGCCUCGCUUUCAUCCCCAGCCUGGCCGCCUUCGCCCUCUUCGGUUUCUUCAUCUCGCUGCUGGGACGCUUCCAGGACAGCGAGCAGGGCCCAGAGAACCGGGACCAAUCCUACGAACGCAUCAGGAGGAAAUCUCCGUCAGAGCACAGCAAGGAGAUGGGCACCACGCCCGAGGAGACCUGUGUCCCAAUGGGCAGUGCUAUGAAGAGGAGCAGCCUCAUGCUGCUGUCGGUGGACACACCACGCUGUGCCUCUAGCUCCAGCAGCACCAUGUGCCCCUGUUCCCCAGAGGUCACCCACCCCAACAUCAUCAUAGACUGUGUGUCAACAGAGGAGCCGGCUGUGUCUUUUGAUCCCGGCCAAUCAUCUCCCUGAGGCGUGGCGGCUGCAGACGAAUCGGGAGUCUAUCUGCUAGCACCUGUCUGGGCCAAAAUUACCUGCUUUUAGAGAGCAGAUGUUCCUUUCUAGAUUGUUCUACCCCUUUCGAAAACCCCCUGCUGGUCUUGUGCUGGACUUUGGACAGUGACUCUGAGGAGCAUAUGUAAGGGAAAGCCAAGCCACUGGUGGUCACCAAAAAAGCAUUUUUUUUUUGUACAUUUUUGUAAGGAAUAUUUUUUAAAGGUCAUGGGGCACGUAUCAGAUAUAAUAUGGUAAUCCUACCUCUUUAAGCGUAAAUGUCUUGUUGGUGCUUUCACAGUUCUAUUUUGUAAAUCGAUAUAUUUUUUCUUAUCGCUGUGUUUUGGUGCCUAAAUAAAAUAUUUAUACAUUAGGGACAUUUGCAGAACUGUUAUUUACCGUAUUUAUUGUAAAACAUCGACGCCGUGCCUUGGCUUAUUUCCAUGAAAUAACUCAGCUUCCACGUUUCGCCCCAGCUGCCUCUGUCUUCGGUAAUGGCACUGGGAAAUUGCCGAUAAUAAUAAAAUGCCUGCAGAAACCCGAAGGUCCCAUAUUGUAUCGCGGGUUAUGGCGAGUUCCCCAUCUGCGGCUCACCUACGGGCUGAAUUCCUCUGCUCCAGGGUGGAAAUAUGGGAAAUAUAUCAAUUUACUGUGCAAUGUCAAUGUCAGGCUACUUUUUUAUUUUGCUUAUUUAUUGCCUUGAUAAAGUCCCCCCACCCAUGUACCAUCCUGUAUAUAUUUACAACUGACAUUUUUCAUCGUAUCUGGUUCGUGUCGGAAGCAGAAUGUGCUGCUCUUAUUUAUCACAAUGUGAAGUUACUGGUUCUCAAUAUUUUUAUUUGAGGGUGUGAAAAGGGGGCUUGCAGUGGUAUUUCAGAGCACACUUUAUCAGAUAAUUAUAAACCUUAUUCAUCAUUACUGUACCUUCUGCUUUGCAUAUUUUCCGGCCCGUUAUAUUAAUGCGAAUAAAUUGUCCACAAAGCCUG